UUAACGCUUCCAGCACUGUCUCCGGAGGAAGCGUUACCAGCUUCUCCCACAGACCACGCGUAAAAAACUCCACGGUGUGGGCCUGGCACAGCGGCAACACCCGCCGCACAAACUGGGCCACAACCUGGACGCGCGUUCUGAUUGCCUCUGCAGACGGCUUCAGAAGAAGCAGCUCGUCUGCCUUGGGGAUGGCCAUACACCCUUCGUGGGUACUCUGCGACAUAGCAAGCCGGAAAGAUGGUCUUCCUGCCAGUCCCAGAGGUGCUGCUAAUUCGGCGUUUGAUUGAGGUGGCCUUAUCCUUACGGCGUGAGCCCAUCUCUAAAUGCAGAGCUUCGUUUUUCCCUCCCAUUCUGGUAUUUCCUACUGCGGCUUCUGCUCAGACAAAGGGAAUCAAAGGCCGAUAGAGGCCUUUCCCGCCUCUCCUAUCAGAAGGCGAGCAUAGGCCGAGCAGUGGGCGCGUGUUUGACGACGUAAGUGGGCUGCGACGUGGUUUCCUGAUGGCGCCGUUAGCGAGGAAGAGAGAGUCUCCGGGCCAAAAGAAGGAUGUGGGAACUCAGAAUUUGCAAGUUCAGCGUAGUCGGAAACAGCCGUGGAGACGAGAUCCAAGUGCGGUGAGGGGGAGCAUCCAGGAGGGACAAGGAUUCGCCUUUUUCAGAAAGCAAAAGAUUCAACGUGAUUACAAGAAGUUAUUGAAAAAAGAAAAGCAUGCUAAUUCCCAGAAGAUUGUUGAGUAUACAGAGAAUUACCCAGAACACUUGAAGCAUCUUUAUUUAGCUGAAGAGGAAAUGCUUAAAAAACAACAUAAGCCUAAAGAUAAUGGCAUACUUCUAUUGGAAGAAACAAGUAUCAGCACAACCAAGUACAACAUCACAAAGAGAAGGCAUAAAGCAAAAACUUCAAACCAGAAAGCAAAAGAAGAAUAUGAACAAAUAAAGGCCAAGAGGGAUGCAAAAAAAGAGUCUGCCAGAAGAAGGAAGGAAGAGAGAGAGAGACUUCAGAAGCUUUACAAACAAAAGAAAAUGGAAACAUAUGAAAUAUUAAGUAAAAAGACUAGAAAAGGGCAGCCAAAUCUAAACCUGCAGAUGGAGUACCUCCUUCAGAAGAUACAGCAAAAAUGAUGAACAUUUUUAAAUGGGUGCUAAUAAAAAUACUGUUUAAUUGUAAUAAUUUAUUCUAUCACUGCCUCUAGGUUCAGUCAAGCCUCUGUUUUUAAUACAAAUUGUACACAAGAGAAGUGAGAGGCCUGCUCUGAAAGUGCUUGUAGUAGACUAAGUAAAUGAAUUAUUGUAAAGUC